GCUUGUUUGUGUAACUUGACCUGAGUGUGUUGGCCAUUCUUCACCGUUGGAUUAUCAACGACUUCACGGACGACUUCACGGACGAUUUCAUCGACAAUUUCAUCAAGCAAUACAUUGCCAAAAUGUCUCUUGCGACGCUGAAAAACAUCGUGGCUACCUACACGCCUCUUCCGGGUCGACUCUCGGACGUCGACUUGGAAAAGGAACACCAGUUGCCUCUGCAUCAUGGAGAAGAUAUCGAGUCACCCACUGCCGGUCAGAAGAAAGACCAGAAAGACUCGUCCUGGACCGUCGAUGGACGCACAGUAUCUGAUGCGAUCAUCGGUUUAUCGGACGGAAUGACUGUGCCCUUUGCCCUUACAGCUGGGUUGUCUGCGCUGGGUGACACCAAAGUCGUCGUUUUUGGCGGGUUAGCGGAGCUUAUCGCGGGUGCAAUCUCCAUGGGUCUGGGAGGAUACCUGGGUGCAAAGAGCGAAGAAGAAUCAUACUAUGCGACGUUGAAAGAAACCAAGCAUGAAAUCAUCACCGAUCCCCCCUCCACCACCGAAACCAUUUCCGAUAUCUUCGCUCCCUACGAACUCCCCUCUGAACUCGUCUCCGCACUCACCAAUCACCUCUCCGCAUCUCCUAUGCUCCCGAACUUUCUCAUGAACUUCCAUCACACACUCCCUGAGCCCUCCGAAUCACGAGCCCUGAUCUGCGCCCUGACAAUUGCAUUUGGCUACUUCAUCGGUGGUUUCGUGCCAUUGAUCCCAUACUUCUUCGUCGGUCCGCUCGAUGCCUACCUUGCACUCCGCUGGUCCAUCGCAACGAUGGUUGUUGCAUUGUUCGUCUUCGGGUAUUCAAAGACCUGCUUCGUGAGCGGCUGGAAGGGAUCGCGGAAUUGUCGACGAGGUUUUAUUGGAGGGUUGCAGAUGGUUCUGGUGGGUGGUGUCGCUGCGGGGUCAGCGAUGGGCUUGGUUAAGGGUUUCUCUAUGCUGGCUGCUUCGUCUGAGGGUCAAUAGACGGAUUGCAUGUUUUUGGCGUUUCGGUUAAUAUUGUUAUGAUGAAUCUCGCAUUCUCAUGCCGUAUAUACAGUCGGUGGACAAGUGAUAUUUGUAUAGAUUGAAUAGAAAGUUCAAUAUAUCUAGAUGCCUGGACUCCCGCCAAGAUC